AUGAGCGUGACGUUGGGCGGGAGAGAAGAAGCCGAGUUGCGAACUCGCGCGGGGCCGUUGGAGCCUCUCCCGGGGCCGGAGAAAAGCUACAGAAUAACGUCCACAUUUGCUCCAGAUCAUCCCAUCCUCUCAGGGGAAAGAAAUGGCUGCGAUGGAGCUGGCUCAGUAGGGUUUCCAGUUUCGAAACCUGAUGUGAUCUCGCAGCUAGAACGAGGGGAAAAGCCAUGGGUCCCAGACCUCCAGGGCUCUGAGAAAGAAGUGCUCCUGAGAGCUGCCUGCACAGGGAGUGACCUAUGUCUGGAUUGUCUCUGUCUCCCAUCAGGUGAUGGGAAGGUGAGUGAGAAUGAGGAGAAACCCCAGCAGGAAGAUGCUGAGCAAGUAGAACCAGAUGGGACAUUAUCAGGAAGAUCCAAAGGGAAUGUUUUAGGGAGUUGUGCACUCCCAGAAAAAGCAAAAGCCUGUGAGACUCAGCAGAGGCCAGAGGAAAAUUUCAGUAGCCACUCAGACCUUGUAACAAGCGACAGAAUCAACUUGGAAGAGACACGCUACACAUGCCAUAAGUGUGGGAAAAGCUUCAAUGGGAGCUCAGACCUUUUGACACAUCAGAGAAUUCACAGGGGAGAGAAACCUUACAAGUGUUCUGCGUGCAGAAAACACUUCAAUCGGCACUCUGCCCUUAUCACACAUAGGAGAAUCCAUACGGGUGAGAAACCUUAUGGAUGUUCUGAGUGCGGGAAAUGCUUCAAUCGAAGCUCUGCCCUUAUCACACAUAGGAGAAUCCACACGGGUGAGAAACCUUACGGAUGCUCUGAGUGUGGGAAAUGCUUUAUUGAUAGUUCAACCCUCAUCUCACAUCGUCGAAUCCACACAGGAGAGCAGCCCUACACAUGCUCUGAGUGUGGGAAAAGCUUUUGUUGGCACUCACACCUUAUCACACAUCGUAGAAUCCACACAGGAGGGACGCCUUACACAUGCUCUGAAUGUGGGAAAAGCUUCAAUCAGCACACUCAGCUUAUCACACAUAUUAGAAUCCACACAGGAGAGACACCCUACACGUGCUCUGAGUGUGGGAAAAGCUUCAGUCGGAGUUCACACCUUAUCACGCAUCAGAGAAUCCACACAGGAGAGAAACCCUACACGUGCUCGGAGUGUGGGAAAUGCUUCAAUCGGAGCUCAAACCUUAUUAGACAUCAGACAAUCCACAUGAGAGAGAACUGUAAUAAAUGUCUUGACUAGGGCUGGUCAAAAGAUUU